ACACAUCAUCAUCAUCAUCGUCUGAAACGGUUCUUCAUCCGUACUGAUGGGCGUUUCUCUUUCGCCCAAUUCCAAACAAACUUUCUGUUUCUGUAUCUGAAUUUCCAUAUUCUAUAUCAUCAUAAUCAUGGACUCAAAACCCUAAUUGAGCCGUGAUUCAAUUCAAUAUGGCGGCCAUUGUAACAGGAGAUCGGUACCUUGAGAAGCUCGUUAAGUUCGUCGAACAAGAGGCGGGUCCUCUCAUAGAAGGAGCCUUGGUCUUGAAGCUAAAUCCCUCCGGCCUUCACUACGUCCAAUCCAGGCUCGAGUCGCUUCAUGAGUUAGAGAGUCUCCUCCUCGGAGCCCCCGUUGAUUACCUCCGAGCCUAUGUUUCCGACCUCGGCGAUCACCGCGCCCUCGAGCAACUCCGGAGGAUCCUUCGCCUCCUCACCUCUCUCAAGGUGGUUUCUGUUUUGCCACCUCCCUUUAGGGAUCCCACUCCCUUGUCUUUCUUACCUUUUGGUAGGUUGAAGGUUCUUGAACUCAGGGGUUGCGACCUCUCAACUUCCGCUGCCAAAGGCUUGCUAGAGCUAAGGCAUACUCUCGAGAAGAUUAUUUGUCACAAUUCUACCGAUGCUCUGCGGCAUGUAUUUGCUAGCAGGAUAACGGAGAUAAAGGAUUCUCCCCAAUGGAACCGCUUAUCCUUUGUAUCUUGUGCAUGCAAUGGCUUGGUUCUCAUGGAUGAGUCUUUGCACCUUCUCCCUUCUGUCGAAACGCUUGAUCUUAGCAGGAACAAGUUUGCAAAAGUUGAUAAUCUGAAUCACUGUACCAAAUUGAAGCAUUUGGACCUCGGUUUCAAUCACCUCAGAACAUUUGCUCCCUUCACCCAGGUUUCUUGUCACAUUGUUAAACUUGUUUUGAGGAACAAUGCUCUAACUACUUUGCGAGGAAUUGAGAAUUUGAAGUCACUCGAAGGACUUGAUGUUUCCUACAAUAUUAUUUCCAAUUUUUCAGAGCUAGAGUUCCUUGUGGGACUUCUAUAUCUUACAAGCUUGUGGUUAGAAGGAAAUCCUUUAUGUUGUGCUCGAUGGUAUAGGGCACAAGUAUUCAGUUUCUUUGCCUACCCAGAAAAGCUGAAGUUAGAUGACAAGGAAAUUAACGCUACAGAUUUUUGGAAGCGACAAAUAAUUAUUGCCAGUAUGCAUAAGCAACCUGCCAGUUUUGGGAUUUAUGUACCUGCCAAGGAUGAGGCUAUAGUGGAAGGUGGCAAUAAUAGAAGGAGAAAGGUCUGUCGUGUUGCCAGCAUUGAGAGUGAAGAAGAGAUCACUAGUAUAUGUUCUGAUCAGGAGUCUCAGUCAUGCGUGAAUGAAAUUCAAAAUAACGAGGGUCCUGAUUUAUUUGAUGAUGAAACUGAAAUAGCAGAUUUGAUAAAUAAAGUUGAACAUAUGAAGAAAGAGCGUUCUAUUCUUUGGUUGCGGGAAUUUAGAGACUGGAUGGGUAUUUCUUCUGACAAAUCGGUAGAAACUUGGAAAAACGGAAGAGGUACGUCACAUCAUCAGAAAGAAAAUUUCUUCAGAAACAACACAAAUCAGGAUCAACAUGGUGAAUUCUCAAGAUGCGCAUCAGACUCUGUUCUAGCUUCAGGAGAUGAAAGUAGCAUGAAUAUUUUAGAAUCUGAUAGUUCUUUUGCGGAUAUGUCUGCUUGGUUUCAUAGACAGCAAUACUUUGACUACAGAGGAUCUCUAGGUAAUGCUAGUGGGGCCUCUCUUUCUGACUCAGGGGGAGUGGAUUUGGAUCGUUUCAAAUCUUUUUCACUUCAGGGAAUUAAUAGUUCCCUUUCACAAUCUAAAAAUUAUCAUUCUGACACGAUUGCCACUCAAGAAGCACAUCGAAUGACUGAAAAUGUCAACAUCUCUCCAUUGACCACCAUUAAUGAUAUAAAUGGGUCUCAGUCAUCAUCUAUGUGUCCUACAUCUCCUCCUCACUUUCAAGAAGACCUUCUUCAUCGCCGCCAUAACUUGGUGGAGGAGAUUUUGCAGCUAUCAGCUGAUUCCUUUUCAGUGGCAUCUUCUAAUAGUAACACAAGCUGCAGUGAAGUUGAUUGCAGUGAGUUUGAACCAUCAGUUCCCGUAGUUGAUAGUCCCUCAUGCAAAAAUGUGAGUGUUGAUGGACUUAUAUCUCCAAACCAACAUGAGGAAAAGAUUUGCAGCCCAAGACAAGGAAAUAUUCAUGCAGGACAAAAUGGAAUUCACUCAUUUGGUUCAUCCAGUGACCAAACUUUUAAGCAGCGUUCAAUUGAUUUUGCUGCUGGUGCUGGUGACGGUGAAAGUGCACCAUCUGCUAGCCAACAAACUGAUUUGUUCGGGAAAAAGAAAAUCAGAAAAAAAGCCAAGAAGAGAGUUAUUUCAAUCGUAGAAGAGAAUAUAGACACCAAUGAGUGUGCUCAUGAACAAGAGCAGAUAAACCAAGGGCAGAUUUCUGCAAAUUUAAGGCAAGAAUCAGGUGUUGAGGAUUUCACUGAAUUUUGUUGGCGAAAUUGCUCCACCCAAGAGAAUAAUGAUUUUAUCGUGACAUAUUUCAAUACAAAUAUUGCUGAUUCUGAAGCCAAUGAAGUGUGUAGUCAUUGCAUACGUUGUAAUUGCAUCCUUCAAAUGGAGACAAACUAUAAAGAAAGGGAAGUUGCAGUACUGCGGAGCAGCCAUAAGAAGCUCUAUGUGCUGCUAAUCAAUGUUGCUUCUGAUGGAUCAGGCGCAGUAUUGAGUGUAUUCAGUUGCCAUAAGAUGGAAGAAGUUCGGGAGGUGCUUGUUGGAAUGGGACUUCAGUUGUUAAGGGUAAAUUUUGAAGAUGGGGAUACGUACCUUUUUGUAACAAGAAGCAUUGAAAUGUCAAGAGAGUUACUAUGUACCUUACUCGUGUUUGAUUCAUGUAGAGGAAAUGCUAGAUGCUCAAUAAGAAGUUUGGAGCAGGUCCAGGUUGAGUUGUUUGGCAACCAAAUAUGUGGUGGUUCAAAUGUCAGCAUAUAUCAGUAUGCAAUGGUGCUCCUCUGUUGUAACCAUGGCAAUGAAGAAUCAUGGCUCUCAAGAUCACUGUUUGUGAUAGGAGGUUAUGUGCUUUUAUGCAUUGAAGAUGUCCAGCAACUGUAUUCAUUUUCAUCAGAUGCCUCUGUGUCUCCAUAUUACAGAAUCGAUUCAUGUUGCUCCAUUGCUGACAUUACUGAGAUGGUGAUUGGGGUUGGUGACAACUGCUGUGUUACUUUAGGUCUGAAAUGUUCACUGACAGAAUUUUAUCCCUCUAGCCGAUUGAACCUUGUAACUGUCAAUCAUGGAAACACGGCGCUGGGCUCUCUGAAAUUGAAGCUUCGGUGGUUCUCUAAAGAUAACCUUUUGAAGUUUGUGUCUUUGCUGAAGGCAUUCCAUGCAGAAAAAGUGGCGUCACAUUUGGUAGUAAGAUGUACAUCGUAAAUCUUUUUUGCUGUUGGUUCAUAUUCAUUUCAUUCAUUUGAUUUUAGUUUUCGUUUUCUUUUUAUUUAUUUAUUUGGUGUUCUGGUUCAGUGUGUUGAGUUUGAUAGCUUUCUUCCUUAAUUCUUUAUAUCGACGUAGUGAUUGUAUAGAACUGUACAGUGUUAUAUUAGUGAACAAUUAUUUCUAUUGUUUUGUAAUAGCUUUACCAUA